AUGGGUGAAAUCAACACAUUUCUAGAAAGACAAACCACCAAAGCUGAUCCAAGAAAUGGAAAAUUAUUAUGUGCCAAGAACCUUGCAAAGAAAGACUUCUUCAGACUCCCCGACCCUUUUGCAAAGAUUGUUGUGGAUGGAUCUGGGCAGUGCCACUCAACAGACACUGUGAAAAACACACUGGACCCAAAGUGGAACCAGCACUACGAUCUAUAUGUUGGGAAAACUGAUUCUAUAACCAUCAGUGUGUGGAACCACAAGAAAAUUCAUAAGAAGCAGGGAGCUGGCUUCUUGGGCUGUGUGCGGCUGCUCUCCAAUGCCAUCAGCAGAUUAAAAGAUACUGGAUACCAGCGUUUGGAUCUAUGCAAACUAAAUCCCUCAGAUACUGAUGCAGUUCGUGGCCAAAUAGUGGUCAGUUUACAGACACGAGACAGGAUAGGCCCCGGAGGGCCCGUGGUAGACUGCAGGGGACUGCUGGAGCACGAAGGACCUGUGUAUGAAGACUCAGGGCCGGGAAGGCCGCUCAGUUGCUUCAUGGAGGAGCCGGCUCCGUACACAGACAGCACUGGUGCUGCUGCUGGUGGAGGGAACUGCAGGUUUGUGGAAUCUCCGAGUCAAGAUCAAAGGCUUCAGGCACAGCGACUUCGAAAUCCGGAGGUCCGAGGGUCACUACAGACGCCCCAGAACCGACCACACGGCCACCAGUCACCAGAACUGCCCGAAGGCUAUGAACAAAGAACAACAGUGCAGGGGCAAGUUUACUUUUUGCACACGCAGACUGGAGUUAGCACAUGGCACGAUCCCAGGAUACCCAGAGACCUUAACAGUGUGAAUUGUGAUGAACUUGGACCACUGCCACCAGGUUGGGAAGUCAGAAGUACGGUUUCGGGGAGAAUAUAUUUUGUAGAUCAUAAUAACCGAACAACCCAGUUUACAGACCCGAGGUUACACCACAUCAUGAAUCACCAGUGCCAACUAAAGGAACCCAGCCAGCCACUGCCGUUGCCCAGUGAGGGCUCUGUGGAAGACGAGGAGCUCCCCGCCCAGAGAUACGAGAGAGACUUAGUCCAGAAACUGAAGGUCCUCAGGCACGAGCUUUCCCUUCAGCAACCCCAGGCUGGCCAUUGCCGCAUCGAAGUGUCCAGAGAAGAAAUAUUUGAGGAAUCUUACCGCCAGAUAAUGAAGAUGCGACCAAAAGACUUGAAAAAACGACUCAUGGUGAAAUUCCGUGGAGAGGAAGGCUUGGAUUAUGGCGGCGUGGCAAGGGAGUGGCUUUAUUUAUUGUGCCAUGAAAUGUUGAAUCCAUAUUAUGGACUCUUCCAAUAUUCUACAGACAAUAUUUACAUGUUGCAAAUCAAUCCAGAUUCUUCAAUCAACCCUGACCAUUUGUCUUAUUUCCAUUUUGUGGGUCGGAUCAUGGGCCUGGCUGUGUUCCACGGACACUACAUAAAUGGGGGAUUCACAGUUCCCUUCUAUAAGCAGCUACUGGGGAAGCCCAUCCAGCUCUCUGAUUUGGAAUCGGUGGACCCAGAACUACAUAAGAGUUUAGUGUGGAUCCUGGAGAACGAUAUCACCCCUGUGCUGGACCACACUUUCUGUGUGGAGCACAACGCCUUCGGGAGGAUUCUGCAGCAUGAACUGAAGCCCAAUGGCAGGAAUGUUCCUGUCACAGAGGAGAACAAGAAAGAAUAUGUCCGAUUAUAUGUAAAUUGGAGGUUUAUGAGAGGAAUUGAAGCCCAGUUCUUAGCCCUUCAGAAGGGGUUUAAUGAAUUAAUUCCUCAACACUUACUGAAGCCUUUUGACCAGAAGGAACUAGAGUUGAUAAUUGGUGGCCUGGAUAAAAUAGACGUGAGUGACUGGAAGUCCAACACCCGGCUGAAGCACUGCGUGGCCGACAGCAACGUCGUCAGGUGGUUCUGGCAGGCGGUGGAGACCUUCGACGAGGAGCGGAGGGCCAGGCUCCUGCAGUUCGUGACUGGAUCCACCCGAGUCCCUCUCCAGGGCUUCAAGGCUCUGCAAGGUUCUACAGGCGCGGCAGGGCCCCGGCUAUUCACCAUUCACCUGAUUGAUGCCAACACAGACAACCUGCCGAAGGCCCACACCUGCUUCAACCGGAUAGACAUCCCGCCUUAUGAGUCGUAUGAAAAGCUCUACGAGAAGCUGCUGACGGCAGUGGAGGAGACCUGUGGGUUUGCUGUGGAGUGAGGAGCAACCGAAGGCACCAAUUCUCGCUCACAACCACCAGACGGAAAGCACUGGCUCUGCGCGCCUCCUGCGAAGUUGGCUGAGGCACUGGAUUCUAGACAACCUGAGGGAAAGGGCUGUCGCCCUCCUUUUUGCUGGGGAGCAAGGGGGUGGGAGAACUUCAAUUGGUGGCUCCCACCCUUACUUUACUCCUUCCUGACAGUUCUCCACCCCUUCCAUCACCCAUCCAAUAAAAUGCAGCCAGGGUUUGCAUUUGGCUUCGGUCACAGGGUUGCGCCCUCAUGGUGACAGGCUCGUGGCCCUGUGGUCCUCAGGAAUGUUGGCCCACAGCUGCAGACCGAGCCAGGCUUACCGAGGGUUGCUGACUGCUAGCUCUACAAGCUAUUCUGUCUCAAAUCAGUCUGGGGGCCCCUUUUCAAGUUCAGCUCGAAUUCCAAAUUUCACAUCCUAGCAGCCUGCUCUGUGCAGCAGAUUAAUUUCUAACGGAAAAGUGACUAGAAUAUGUGCUUAUUGGAAUACUGCCACAGCAGGAAGCUCGGGUUAAAAUAUGCUUUCCCGUUUAGAAAGGUAAAGGAAUCGGGCAGCUUUCACUGGAGACCCAGGGUAUUACUUAUUUUCAGGGUAUCCUGGCUGAAAAUUUUGUUUUACGUAAGGAAAAAUGAUCUUUCCCUUUAAAAGUCCCUUUGCCACUUUAGCCAGUUUGAGAUAUUUUUCCGCAUAAUGGAGCUUAGAAAGGAACAGACCCAAACCAGCCUCACAGCCAUGCAGCUGGUCCCGGGCUGGGGCUCCCAUGCCAUCUGUCCAUAGAGGAGUGGCGGCUGGGUCAUGGGAAUACUAACAAACUACUGUGCAGAACAUGCUCAGAGCCGAAUUAACACAACGCAACUGUUACAGCUGCUGGCUUGGUGCAGGCUAGCUUUAACGGGAGAGGGGCACGGGUGACCCAAGUCCACCCAGGUUACCUCUUGCGGGGACAUAAACCUGAUGGCAGGGCAGGGCUGGUCCCCCGCUCGCUGGGCCCCCUGCCUCAGGGUCAGAUGGUGGCUCUAACAGUUGCUACUUGAUCUACUUGCCCAGAUGCCUUUGAAUGGUUAGCAAGGUAAAGCAAGCCUAGAGUCUGCGUCUCUAACACUGUUCUCCAAAUUUGCACAAAAGUCCAAACAAUAUUUCAACAAAGUGGCUUGAUUUCAGAUAGCUGAAUUUCAGUGUAAAACAGCGGCAGCAAAAAUUAUCUGAUGUGUUUGUUGUUGUUGUUUUGUUUUGGGGGUAAGUCAGGGUAAUCCAUUAUAGCAAGAUAUCACUGUUGAAAUUCUGCUGUUGAGGUUUCCAAGUUGAGCACUGGGCCCCAGCUGCAGGCUUGAGGUGUGCUUGGCAGGGGCUCUCAGGCGACUGUUCUUUUUGUCAUUGAUACCUGGAGACUGGUGGGAUUGGAACAUCCACCCGUGUGCAUCUGGGUCUGCUGCCUCUGCUUGCCCUGGAAGCAGUGCUUUGACCUCUUGGGAGCUAGGCCCUGCCCUGAGUGGGAGGUUUCAAGAGCUGCAGGGGUGUGCUUCUGGGCCCCUUGUGGCGGUUCUGGGGCUGGAGGGACAUUAGGUGCAGUUCCGUCCAUUCAGAAAGUCCGUCCGGGUCUUUCAGAAGUUGUGCUUUGUCCCAGUUGGGUCAGCCUGUCCCGUGCGUGGUACUUCUGACAGCAUUCCAGCAGCUGACUCCCCAUGACUCCAUCCAGUCCUCCCUCGUGAUCUUCCUGUGGUAGGGUGAGGAAAUGAGACAUACAGAACCCCCCCCCCACCCUGUGGGUCUCCCUCUGUGUAACUCCAGAGGUGGGGGGACCCACCCGAGAACUGAAAGGACCUCAAGGCCGGGGUGGGGAGAACCGCUGGUCUUUGCUGUGGUGUUGGCCAAGAUCUGCUGUAUUUAGGAAGGAAACGAGGGUCUAGUAGGAAUGUUGCAUUAGACUCCUGCUGUUAGGUGUGAGGACAGUCCUUAGGAGCUGUGCCUGUCACCCCCUUGCUGCUCUCAGAUGUCAGUGUCACCUUGGCAGGAUCCAGAGGGUGGUGUCCUGGUGCCUCCACGUGUGCCAGUGACCCGUCUGAGGCCUGGGUCUGUUUUCCUUGCACUUGCACAUGGGCCCCCCUGUCUCCUGUGGGAGUGUUACAGAGCUGGAAAGAGUGAAACUUUCCAGAGCUGCAGUUUACUCUUGCCCAGCAGGCCUGUCAGUGAACCCUAAAUAUCAAGAGCGGAUUAGGCCUUUUGAACCCAAAGAACAGUGUGGCAACUAACUGGCAAAAGCUCCCAGUGCCUCUGCUUAGGGUCUGCGUGAAUCCAGUUCCCACAGGCCCGUCUGUCUCCUUCUCGGUACCUCCAGGCCUCCCACCCACCUGUCCCCCUUACCUCUUUGCCCAGAUGCUUCAGGGCCCAACUGCCAGGCUUGCCCUCCUGCAGUCAUCAGCCGGCCCUCAGGGCUGCGGCAAACGUCAGCCCUGCCAGUGCUCUCACUCGGGAAAGCGAGGGGGCUGCUUGGGGGAGCAGUGGCUGCGGUUCUCUAUGCAACUCCGACUUCUGAAGGGAGCAUCUGCCUGCCGGGGGGAGCCGCGGCCCCUGGGCUUGCUCAGCCGCGUGGUCUGAGUUAGGUGAGGUGGUCCUCUGAUCUGAGCUGUCAGGAGUGGCCUUCUGCAGAGAACCCCCCCCCACCCCCCCCCCCCACACACACCGCCAGGCAGGUAUGUGCUGCAUGGCAGCCUUCCCAAUACGUAGUAUGAAUUUUUAAAUUUUGUUUAUUUUUGUUUCUCAACCACUUUAUAAUGUAUUUUUUAAUUUAUUUUGUAAUGUCUCAUUUUUAAGUAUUGCUGCUAUCCUUGUUAUUCUUCCCACUGUUUUAUUGCUGAUUUAUUUUGUGAAAGUUGUACACUAAUGUUCUGUUUUUUGUCAAAAUCAAAAGUAUUUAAAGAAAUACUAGUUCUAUUUAAUGUGGUUAUGGAACCAGCUGGAAACACAAAACAAACUGAUUGUACAGCAGGCUGGACCCAGGAGGUCAAGUUCAUUUUGUUACAUAUGCAAUAAACUCACUACUUUACA